CGUUCAGAAGUUAUCCUUCACAAAAAAAAAUGGGCUGGCUAUAAACCCAACAUAUAGCAACGACAUGGCCUGCGCCCAGUUUAUAGGGGUUAUAGCAGACACCCUAAAGGGGAAAACGAGUGUGGAGAUAGCGAGCAGCCAAUAUAUGUCACUUCUCAUUGACGGAGACACGGAUGUUUCCUCGAGAGAGUGCGUCAUCGUCUUUGGACGUUGCUUGCGGAGAGGGAAGCCUGUCAACCUGUUGAUCGGUCACGUCGAAGUUGAACAUGGACAUGCGCAAGGACUUUAUGCAGCCUCAAAGCAGGCAUUUGAAGCUCUUGGGGAGCAGUGCUGUGACUGGCUACAUAAGACAGUUGCCCUGGGUGCGGAUGGUGCGGCAGUAAAUCUGGGAAGCAAAGGCGGCGUCAUAGCCCUGAUGCAGAGGGAGGCAGGGGACCACAUUAUCCCUUUCCACUGCAUGCCUCACAGAUUGGAAUUGGCAAUGUUGUCUGUGCAAAGGGAAAAUCCGCUAAUCGGCCAGUUGUAUGACCUUCUGCAUCUGAUUUGGAAAACCUACCAUUUCAGCCCAAAAUCAAUGAGGGAGCUGAGGGCCAUUGGAGCUGACUUGGGGAUAAGCCCUUUGAUGCCCAGUGGAGUGAAGGGGACAAGGUGGCUCCCACAUGUGUCUAGAGCACUGGAAACAUUUCUGAAGCCAGGGCAAUUCACUGCUGUAUACUACCAUAUGGACCAUUUGGCCGGGAGUGCUACCAAUGCAGACAUUGCAGGCCGGGCUGCAAAGGUCAAGAAGUCAAUGGAGGAUUCCACUUUUGUGGCCUUUUGCCAUUUUAUCACUGAUAUAUUCAGUGGAAUUAGCCAUUUCAGCCUCUUACUUCAAAAAGACGAGGUCAUCCUACCACAAGCAGUGUGCGGCCUUGACAAGCUGCUGAUGACAACAGAGGCAAUGCUUGCAAGGCCUAAGCCGGGCAGAAGACUAGCGGAGUUCUUGGCUGACCUGACACAGCAGAAGAGGCAGCGGCAGCAUACACAGGAAACAACAUACACAUUCCAGACAAUACCGCUCAAAGGUGAGGCAUCCGAGCUGACGGGUGGACUUGCUGGCACCAAAUUAAAAAAAGCAAUGGGUGCAACAAUUGUGUCAACGUUGAACCACCUGAAGGCCAGAUUUAGCAGCAUCCUAGUAGGGGAGCAUUCCCUGGUGAGCACAACACAGGCUGUCAAGGCCUUUAAUAUUUUUAACCACGAAUGCUGGCCUGAAAUGAGAGAAGACCUUGUAGACUAUGGUGCAGAGGAUCUGGACUUUCUGCUCAAUCACUUCUCCAUAGUUCUUCAAAGGCAGAUAGUGAAUUACUUCGACAAUGUAAUAUGUCUGAUAAUAGGUAUGCUGUGA